CUGGGAUCGGCUCCAGCGCCCCACGACCCUGAAUAAGAUAAGCGGUUUGGAUAAUUGAAUGGAAAGACAGCUUGUGUCUUAAGGGCAUGCAAUGCUCUCAAACUGGUUCACUGUUUGCAGAUUCACACCCAAACUGAAGACGUUCUUCUUAUUCCUCACAUUUCUUUCGCAAUUGAAGGCUACAGCAUACUCGCAUGAUGGCGGUAAAUUGGCCAGGACUGGUGUCCAUAGGAGUGUUUUACAUGAUGAUACUGGGCAUGGGUAUCUGGGCAUCCAGGAAGUCCAAACGUGAGGAGAAGAAGUGCACGGGGAACCGCAGUGAAGUCACUAUGGUUGGGGGGCGGAACCUAAACAUCUGGGUCAGCAUCUGUACUAUGACAGCCACUUGGGUGGGAGGAGGCUAUAUCUUGGGUAAUGCUGAAGUGGUCUAUGAUCCAACAAAGGGGUUGGCGUGGGUCACUGGACCCCUUGCCUACAUCAUAAAUUUGGUUAUAUGUGCACUCUUCUUUGUCAAACCUAUUCGGUCGAAGAAUUAUGUCACCCUCAUGGACCCAUUUCAGGAGAAAUACGGCAACGCUGUCGCUGCUGUCCUUUUCAUUCCCGCUCUCAUUGGCGAUAUCUUGUGGAUAGCAUGUAUUCUUGGCGCACUGGGAGGGACGAUAAGCGUGGUCAUAGAUAUCUCCUCCUCGCUGGCCGUGGGCAUCUCUGCUGCUGUGGCAGUCCUUUACACGUUAAUGGGAGGACUGUAUUCUGUGGCCUACACUGAUGUCGUCCAGCUUGGCUUGAUGCUCGUUGGCUUGUGGCUCUGCGUGCCUUUCAUACUGGCAAACCCCUCCUCUGCCAACAUCACUCUUGCUGCAGUAACCAAACUGCACCAGGAGUCAUGGAUCGGCAGGCUAAAGCCAGAAGAAGCAGGUCGCUGGGUGGAUAACUUAUUGCUAAUGGCCAUUGGAGGGAUCUGCUACCAGAAUUUCUACCAGAGAGUCCUGUCCACAGCCACUGAUGCUCAAGCCAAAAUCACCUGCUAUGCUGCAGCAGUAUUAUGCCCAAUCCUUGCCAUCCCGUCACUCGUCAUUGGGGCAGCAGCUGCAUCUACCAAUUGGAACGAGACCAGCUACGGUUCUCCCAGCCCGUACGAACAGGGCAAAGCCUGGAUGAUCUUGCCGAUUGCCCUUCAGCAUCUUUGCCCAUUUUACGUCUCACUGAUUGGUAUGGGAGCACUUGCUGCCUCUGUGAUGUCAUCGGUUGACUCUGCACUUCUGUCCUCCGCCUCCCAACUGGGCCGAAAUAUCUUCAAGAACAUCUUCUACAAAGGGGCAUCAGAAAAACUGAUUCUUAUCGUGGUUAAAGGGUCAAUCCUCCUGUGUGGAAUAAUGGGAGCAGGUCUGGCCAUGACAACAAAGUCUGUUUAUCUGUUGUGGUUCAUCGGUGCAGAUAUAUUCUACUCAAUGAUGGCUCCCCAGGUGAUAUGCAUCUUCUACUUAUCUCGGAGGGUGAACCACUACGGCGCCUGUGCUGGCUUUGUGUUGGCACUACUGCUCAGAGCUCUGGUGGGAGAACCAGGGAUAGGCCUUCCUGACAUCCUGCCCCUGCCGUGGGACAAGAUGGUGGACGGUCACCGAUACCGCCUGCUCCCUUUUCGCACUGCCAUCAUGUUCGCCACCAUGGCGACUAUUUUAGUAGUAUCAUGCUUUGCUUCGUGGUUGUCUGAGAAGGGGCUGCUAAGAAGAAUAAGUGACGCUGAAACAGACACACACAUGACUUACAUGGCACCGGUCCAAACGGAUGUGGAGGAGAAGAAGACUGAAAGAACAGCCUCACUUAUCCGCUCUACUUGAAUACUUUUCACAAUGCAUGUGGGUGCUCCAACUUGAGAGUGAGUUGUGUCUAAAAUCAUUUCACUGACUAAAGGUACUGAUAGAUAAAUAAAAAAUGAAUAAAUCAAAUAAUAUGGUAUUUCCCUUAAUUUAACCUCAUAGUUUGACUAAAACACCAAAAAAUACGGUAUCCUACAAUUCCCAUGAUGCAACUGAAGAGCAACAAUUAAUAUGACAUAUGUGACAUAUGCUGAUGUUUUUCUUCUUCUGUUUUGUUAAAUGGAAAAAGCCCACAGAUGAUAGUCAUCUUUCUUGUUCACUACUUUUUUUGCUCAGUAUGGCACUAAAAUGCAGAUCAUAUCCAACCAGUGUUAUUGUAUUCCCUGAGACACCAAGUGUAUACUGCAAUCACUUUUCAGAGCUGAAAAAUGCAAAGUUGUGUAUCCCUUCUGAAGUCGGUAAAUGUUUCACAAAAUGUUCAUAAUGUGUCUCUUAAGAACCACUGGAUGGUUUAGGUGGCCUCAGGAUGUUGACAUCAUUUCAUUGUCUUUAACACUGCAGCAGGCUUACGUUUGUUUUUGUUUACCCGACUGCUGCUGGUAGAAAUGCAGGAGCGCCUUCAGCUGAUCUGGUUAAAACCAGUUGUCCAGGUUAUUCCAUGACAGAUCUCUUCACCGGAGACCAUAGACGUAUUUUAAACGUGUUUUCAACAGAACGAUGCUGACCUGGAUAUUACACAGUAUAUACUUUAUAUUGUUUGUAUAUUGCUAUAAGCCAA